CUCUUCGCAUGACCGAGUUCAUUUGAAUCUGGUGAGGGAGGGAGUGGAGGUCUGGCACCCGUCCUCAGCACUGUUAUUUCUCCCGCUGCCUUCGAAUAACACAGUCGAUUCUCAUUAGGAGAACGGCUGUAUGGGGAGAAGAACAUUGUUCUAUGACACUAAGGAAACUACCAGCAUUUCUUAUUUUCGAAGACAGUUUGCAAGUAGAUGCAUAUCAACGAGCAAUUUUGAAAUUCGUAUAGUGAGUUUCGCUGUAGUGUAAGAGGCAAAGUGAGAAGUAGCGGCUACCUUUUGAGUAAAAUAAACCCUAAAAGAUCAGAACCUAAAGUAUUAUCGUUAAUGUUAUUUGGUAAGUAAUUUCACAUUUGCCAAAUUAGUUUGAUAGUUGGCCGGCAUCAUGACUCGGAGAUCCUGUGUAAUUUACGCUACUGGAAUUGUCUGCGCCCACCUACUGAUAGUGGGGAUCACCUUGGUGGUGGCUCAAGUCUUCCAAACAAUGAUUCACAACCGGCUAAAAAAGGAAUUGACUUUGACAGAGGCAAGCCAAGUAUUUGAGUCAUGGAAGAACCCGCCGCCUCCAGUCUACAUGGAGUAUUACUUCUUCAACGUGACCAAUCCAGAAGUGUUCUUAGCAGGGGGAAAAGCAGUGGUCACCCAGAUUGGACCUUACACUUACAGGGAAUACAGACCCAGGGAAAAUGUGACUUUCCUUGAAAAUGGAACCAAGGUUUAUGCCCUGAAUCCCAAAAGCUUUGUCUUCGUCCCAGAGAAGUCCAGAGGUAAUCCAGAGGUCGACAUUCUGAGGACAGUCAACAUCCCAGCUGUGGCGGUGAUGAGUGAGCUGAACUCCUACCCCUUCCUGCUGCGUACCUUCGUCUCCAUGUAUAUGAAUUCCAUCGGCGUGGAGAUCUUCAUGACCCGCACCGUCCACGAGGUGUUGUGGGGCUUCAAGGACCCUCUGCUCACCAAAAUCCACAACAUUAGGCCAGAAGUGGAUGAGAUGUUUGGGCUGAUGUGGAAGAAAAAUGGAACUCAUGAAGGAGAGUUUGUGUUCUUGACUGGCGAACGUGACUACAUGGAAUAUGGCAGAAUAGACACAUGGAACGGGUUGACUGAAAUGUCGUGGUGGUCCUCUAACCAGAGCAACAUGAUCAACGGGACGGACGGCAGUGUGUUCCACCCUCUGUUGUCCAGGAAAGAGCUACUGUACAUCUUUGCGGCUGACCUCUGCAGGUCUAUCCAUCUGGGUUAUGUUGAGGACGUGGACGUGAAGGGCAUCCCAGCCUACCGUUUCGCCCCGCCCCACGACGUCCUGCAGAGUCCUGAGGAGAACCCCACUAACGCCGGCUUCUGUGUGCCAGCUGGGGACUGCCUCGGCACCGGGGUGCUAAAAGUCAGUGUUUGCAGAGAAGGUGCACCUAUCGUGGUGUCGUUCCCCCACUUUUAUCAGGCAGAUGACAAGUACAUUAAUGCUGUUGAUGGACUGCACCCCAACAAGGAGGAGCACGAGACUUACCUUGACCUUAACCCGACCACUGGGGUUCCCAUCCGUGCUUGCAAGAGGGCCCAGCUCAAUAUAAUUUUGAACAGAGUUCAAGGCUUCCCCAAAACCAAACAUCUAAACGAGAUCAUUUUUCCCAUCAUGUUUGUCAAUGAGACGGCUACUAUUGACGAUGACUCUGCUGCCCAGAUGAGGACCCUGCUGCUCAUCGUGACCCUGGUGUCCAACUUCCCUCUGCUCAUCGUGGGCAUGGGAGCCAUCCUGCUCAUUGUCCUAGUCGUCCUGGUCUGCAGGUCUCGCCAGAAGAAGAAUGAAGUAAAACGUAUUGAUUUUACUGAAGCUUUUCAUUCUUUUACUACGGCAAAAGAUGAAACGGCCUACACUCAAGUCAGCGACAAACCAGAGGUUGAACCAUCAGAAAACAACUACACCAACCAGCCAAUGAGGAACGGCUCCUACAUCGCCAUGUCUCCCGUGGAGGCUCAGAAGUGUUGAUGCAGGCUGCAUUGUGUGGCGGAGCAGCCUGGGCGUGGUAUUAUAACCAAGGCAGGGUUUUGCAGUGCGGCCAGGGGUUUUCACUUUUGGGCAACAACCCCAAUAAAUGUCCAUGUCAAUCAAGAUGCUGCUCUUCUCAAUGACGCUCUUGACUAUCCUGCUGAGCAUGGUCUUUCUGCCUGCCAUAGUGCAAAACGACAACUCCUGUCUACUACUACUACUACUACUACUACUACUACUACUACUGUCACUUCUGUCUCUGUUCUGUUGGGCUCAGCGCUGGGUUCAUGAAGGAACACUUGGACAGCCAGGACAAAGCUUUUUUGAGUAUUUUCUGCGAGGGAAUAAGUAUCAAAUUAGGCAGUAUUCACACUUAUUAAUAACAACCACUGAGCAGUCACUAUCAGCCUUCCACUGACUGAUGGGUAGUAUUCACCUGAUUUAAUGAAGACUAGAGGGUCCUGAAACAUUUCUUUGUAUCAGUGUUUGUGAGGUCACCUCAAACAGCCAUCAGAUUAAAACAUCUGGUAUUCUUCCCUCCCUGUAACUGAUUAUUCACUGACUCAGAAUAGAAGUGGUUUUGCUAGUAAAACUGUACUUGGCAUAUACUUUUUGAAGAAAAAAGAAAUGGACUAUUUAUAAUAUAUUUUCUUUUCCUGGGAUGAAUCCGUCAGUGCACACACCCAAGUUGUUAUCAAAUAGAAUUUCUGACAGUUUGUGUGUGCAUGUCUUACGAUGCAGUGUCCUGUUUUGAUUGGACUAUGGGUGACUAUUUUUCUUGACGCAGGCUCAGUGUAGUAUGACAACUGAGAAACUAGACAUUUAGAUUUUUUCCCCUUCACCUUUUUCCCCAACACUAGUUUGAGACAGAAUUUUUUUUAAAUCUUAGACAUUUCCUCAGAUAAGGCAUUAGUAAAUAGCUGCUUUCCCAUUAAGGAUGAUUAAUAGCCAAAGUAGAUAUGGCCUAAACUUUAAUCUCAUAUUGAAAUUGUAAGAAAAAAAAAACAUACCCACAAAACUUACAAGGGAGACUUGAACCUACUUUCUGCCUUACAAUUUUCAGUAUUUCUUUGUUGAUAUGGUAAAAAGCUGGAUAUCUUAAUAGUUGUACAUAUGCAAUGGGGAAAUGUCUGGCUACCUCUGACCUAAUCCAGCAAGUAGUCACAGGUGUGCCGAAGACACUAUUUUUUUUUAACAUCAGUGUCGACCCACUUUGUCUGCAUCAAUACUUGGAGAAAGCACAAUUUGGAUUGAUAGUACAGUCCUCAUAAGGUGACCAGGUUUUCACAUAAAGACGAAACACUGUUAGAAACACCGACUGGUGCGCCAUAAAGAAAACACAGGUGAAUUGUAGAAUAAACAGUCGGGCCCUGCACACCGCUUCUGCUGUGCAUGUUAUGUCAGAGUCAACUGGCUUGCCAAGGAGCUGUAGGUAUUCCGACGAACAUGGCACUUGAAACACUCUUUGUCUGAUGUUUUUUUGGCCAUCGUUGGUCACUAGUCUCUGUCGUGUCAAGCCUUUUGGCAGUUGCUUCUGGAAAAAAUGAACUAAGGCCAUAAUACUGUCAACUUGAAAAUUCCUGCACUUUCCCAAAAAAAGAGAACAUGCCCUGUAUUUUUUGGGGGUUGUUAUAUAAAAUGCAAGGGUCCUUCUGUGUAUUUCAGUAGUUUGCCCCAGGGUUGUUUUUCAAUGUGGUUCCUGAAGGGUUAUUCUAGAUGGACACUUUGCCUUUGUUACUUACUUUUCAGUACAUUGAAUAUUCUUUUUUUUGUUGUAUCUAUUAUUGCUGCUAUUAAUUGCCAUAACCUAUGGACUUGUAUUUUUCUAUGGAUGAGCCAUCCAUGCUCAUAUUCUGUUUUUUAAGGUUGUUCCAACAGAAACCAGUAUCAACUUAUGAAUUGCUAUGUCUGGUCUCUGUGAAGCAACUCUUUAAAUAUCGAAGAAUAUUUGAGCAGGAUACAAAGCCCAAAGCUUGCUGUCAUUUACUGGAAUUAGCACAUAACUAUAGAUAGCAACACAUUGUAACAUGAGGAAUUGUCCAUAUUGGGAUAAUUUAGAUAUUUAUAAUACUUGUUUCUGUGGGUGAUGAUAGGGUUUGUUCAACUGGAAACUCUGGAGUUCUAGAUGGGAUGCCCUAGUAAACAAAUGUAAUCUUUUUUUUUUAAUAUAUAUUUUUUUAAUUUUUUCAAGCAUGAGUUUGGUUGUGCAAUUAAGGACGUCUGUCAGACAUGGUUUUGGCCAUACUCUCUGAAACUUUGGUCCUGGUUAUAUUCUAUGUUAAGGACCAAUAAACAGUAGGCCUUUUCAGCUCAAUCUCUAUACAAGCAAUCAUGGCCUUGUGCAUGUAUUGCUUACUUGUUUAAUCAUCACAGUAUAUCUUACCAUCCUUAUUGACUUGAAUCUAUAAGACCUUAAACCUGAACUGUGUGCACAUGCGCACACACACAUACACCUGAGCCAAUACUUACCACUGUCUGACUGACUAGUCCCAUUCACCUUUUGUACCCAAUCAUUCAAGUCCAUUCGCUCCCCUGUGCUUGACCAAAGAUAACCUACAUGGAUCUGUUCCAGCUCGUGUUUACUCUCCUCGGAGAUAACGGCUGUGCCGCCACCAGCGCCUGCCUACCUUCUACACUAUGGCUGCGUCUGGAAUUGCACCCUAUAUCUUAUACAGUGCAUUACUUUUGACCAGGGCCCACAGGCUCUGUGUAUUUACAACAGUGUUUGAGUAAUGUGCUUCUCCCAUCAAGGCCAAAACAUGUGGUUUUUACAAUUUGAUCAGGAUUAUUAAUAUCAAGCGAACUUCAAAGGGUUAAAAUGCAUCUCUAAUGUGAAGGGUAAAAAACGGAGUUAUGUAUUGACACAGCAAUACAAGAUUAUGUACAAUUUUUUAUAAAUGUUUUUUAAUCUGACACUAUUUAUGUAUCCAUAUGUUCAAUGUUAUAUUUGUCCCGAGUGUACAUGUUUUGUGGUCCUGUUUCAUUUCUAAGUACAGUUUAUUUUUUAAUAUUCAACGAGGGUUAUCGCACACAUUUUCAGUUUGUAUCAUGAAAUGUUUCUCACAGAAAAAUGCAUCUUGUAAAGAUGGUUCAUAAUGUGAUAUAUUGAUCCAUCAGUGAGAGUAGCAAAGUCCCCAAAUGUUCUGAGAGAAUUCCUUGAUGGUUGUGAAUGUGUGUGUAUAGGAUAAUAAGCUAAUGUAGACCUAUUUUUGUGGAGCUAAUGCACAGUUUUGUCAAACUGGAGUGAUUAAUUGGAAGGCUGACUAUCUGGGAGAUUGCCUUGGUGCCAGAACAGGAACAAGGGAAGUGUACACACAAUCUAACCCAUAGAUGAAUGAAGCCCUCCUUCAGGGAAGAAGAACGCUGGUGCCAUACAUCCUUUUAUUUCAUCAAUUUACUUUCAAGUUACCGAUUUUUGUUUUAAGCAGUGUAGCAACUGUAUAAUGUUCACAUGACAUUGCGUGUAAGUUUCUCAGUCACCGACUAACAGACAUUUCAUGUUACUUCUGAGAUUUAUAUUUUUUUGCUGCUGAAUGACAAUCGUCAUGUUGGGUGCAAAACUAUUUCAAAAGUAAUCCAUAAUUUUUAGUUAAUUUACACUGCACAAAUGUUUAUAUAAUGCUUUUGUAAACAUUUUUAGUGUAUUUGCAAAAAUAAAUAAAUUUGCAAUGAAUGCAAAGAAUACA